GCGUGCCGACGCCCCCUCCAGCCCCGGAUGGGAGGAGGGGAUGAAAGUGAGGUUGGGCCCCGCGGCUUGCCGGGCUUCUUCUUUCCCUCUCUCCUUCCCUCGGGCGGCGUCUCCCAGCGCUCACAGGGCGGUGCAGAUCCGAGGGUUGCAAGGUAGCACUCAAGGGUUAGCCGAGACGGGAGGGUUCCGGAGCCCCACCCCUGGGGAGAGGCCUCCCUGCAGGUCUCCCUAUCCUACGAGGUUCCCAGUUCUACACCAGGGAUGCGAUUUAGCGACCAGAAGGACAGGGUGGACACAGCAUCCAUGGACUGAAACUAAAGGCAGGGCCCCCACCCAUGUCUCUGUGAAUUUGGUAAUCACCGGCGUCACCCCCACCCUCUUAACUGCUACCCCUGAGUUCCUCUGCCAGCAAGAUGCUGGAUGGAAGUGUGAAAUCCGAGGACACUUGCCAGGACCCGGUGACCCAAGGAGGUGAGAGCAGCCCGAGUUGUACGUAAGGGUCAUUCCACUGAUUGACAGCUGAGAAGAACCUGUUAGGACCAUUCGGAAUUACCCACACACCCGCCCCGCGCUCACGCGUAACAGGUUGCAAAGGAUCUUACCCUCACCCGCCAAUCUAGCUGGACCUUCCAUUUGCUGGGGCUCAGGAAAUUACAGGAGGUGCAUAGGGGAUAAUGUGGGAUUAUGGGUAGAACUGGAAAUGAAUACUUCACUAGGUUUCAGGACCAGAAUUGGCAACUCUUUGAGGUAGAACGUGGGGCGAGAGGGCAAACAGAUGUGAUCCUUAAUGGGACACCAUUGUGACACUUGCCUGCUCAGACACUUUGAGAUGCCCCUCUGGUAUUAAGAAAUGGCAGAGCCCAGCGUGGUAGCGCAGGUCCCUAAUCUCAGCACUCAGGAGGCAGAGACAGGGAGAUCUCUGAGAUUGGGGCCAAUUUGGUCUACAGAGAGAGUUCCAGGACAGCCAGGGCUGCAUGGUGAGAGUGGAGAGGGGAGGCAGAGCCUGGCCUUGGCCCGGGGUGUGCCUACUAGUAGAAACUCACCAGCUCUCACGUCCCAUAGUCCCCCACCAGGAUUUGCCCAGCCAGCCCGCCGCAUCUGGGAGCGUGCCCUCCCAGCCCCGCCGGCGGCCCCCACCCCAGCGCCCGCACCGCUGUCCGGACUGCCCCAAGGCUUUCUCGUACCCAUCCAAGCUGGCCACGCACCGGCUAGCGCACGGCGGCACCCGCCCGCACCCGUGCCCCGACUGCCCCAAGGCCUUCUCCUACCCGUCCAAGCUGGCCGCGCACCGCCUCACGCACAGCGGAGCUCGCCCGCACUCCUGCCCGCACUGCCCCAAGGCCUUCGGCCACCGCUCUAAGCUGGCGGCGCAUCUUUGGACCCACGCGCCCGCCCGCCCCUACCCAUGCCCCGAUUGCCCCAAAUCCUUCUGCUACCCCUCCAAACUGGCGGCCCACCGUCACACACACCACGCCACCGACGCCCGCCCCUACCCUUGUCCACACUGCCCCAAAGCGUUCUCGUUUCCCUCCAAACUGGCGGCUCACCGCCUGUGUCACGAACCCCCCACUGCGCCCAGCAGCCAGACCACUGGCCACCACCGAUGCUCCAGCUGUGACCAGGCUUUUGGCCAGAGACGCCUCCUGUUGGUUCAUCAACGCAGCCACCACCAGUCGGAGGGCCAGGGAGAGAGGGUGUGAGCUGCCCGUCCAGCCGCCCAACUGCCUCCACAACGUGUCAAUAAAGACCUGAAUUUCUAA